AUGAGGUGGCCAUUUAUUCUUCUGGUUCUUUCUUUUGCCGUCAUUGAAGAAUGCAGUCCAUCAAAGACUAUCAAUGUACCAAAGCCUAAACUUUCCACGAAAGGAAACACAACAGUUAAGCAUGCGAAGACUGCUCCUUCUAAAGCAAGUCAACUUGUAAAGAAGCCAGACUCGAAUCCAAAGACGCCAUCAACUUCAAAAGAUGCAAAGGCCUCCAAAACCAAGGUGACCACCACAAAGAUCAAGGCAAAGACACCAGGAACAAAACCUGCCAUUCAUGUGCAUAUUCUGGCCGACACAUCGCUCUCAAAUGACAAUAGAACUACAAAUUCAAGCAAGUCAACAAAUACCACAUACAGUAAGGUAGUGGAUCACACCCCAAAGGACUAUACCAUUGUUGGAGAGUACAAGAUAUUCAAAUAUGAAGACGAUCAUUUUAAAAAGGGUGACUGUCCUCCAUAUUGGCACAAGUACGAUGGGAACUGUUAUUUGUUCAGCAGAGAUCGAUUGAAUUGGUAUCUGGCAUCUAUGAAAUGUUUCAGUUUGGGAGGUUUCCUGGCAACGGUGGAAAGUUCUCAUGAAAACACGUACAUCAUUAAUCAGCUAAAGGCAUAUAAAAUAAUACGAGGAGCAUGGAUGGGGCUAAACACAGUUUUAUAUCCAACGAAACACAAUUGGUACUGGGGGUUUUCAGGGAAACAAAACCUUGGAUUUGAUUGGUUCGGAUACGAGCCAGUUUAUAAGAAGACAGGCGAUAACUUAUGCGGUAUCUUCUGGAAGACUUACCACUUUCAUUGGCACGUGGAGAGCUGUUCUCAGAGAAACUAUUACGUUUGCAAGAUUAAGCUGAAAGAGACUUGCUCGUGUACAUUUUAA